GCGCUUUGGCCAGAUAGCAUGGCCGAGAAACUGGGGCGGUUCUGCGUGCGGAAGAAGCAGACCAUCCGCUACUUCAGAUCGCACGCGAGAGAGGUCACGCGGAACUUUGACGAAGCGUGCAAGCUCGUGGACAAGUGCCGCGGCCUGUACGUCAUCGUCAUCGUGGCCAGAGUACCGCCAAUUUCGACGGGAACGCACGCCAUGGCAGGCGUGCGUUGGUGCCUGGACGGCACGUUGGCGUGCCUGAACUCGUGGGGCUCGGACGAAGAGGUCUACGAAUUCGUCACAGUGUCCAGCUUCGUCUCGGCGUACUCCACCGACGUGGUGGUGAGCAGGCGCUUCAAGCCUUCCCAGUACGAGA